CCAGCGCCCGCCGCGGUGGCGGAGGCGCAGGCGUUGGAGAGUGGAUAUCCUUGGAGCAUUCGGAUAAUGUGACAGUUGGGAUGUAGUGAUGUCGACUCUCUGUCCUCCACCAUCUCCAGCUGUUGCCAAGACAGAGAUUGCUUUAAGUGGUGAAUCACCUUUAUUAGCCGCUACCUUUGCUUACUGGGACAAUAUUCUUGGUCCUAGAGUGAGACACAUUUGGGCUCCAAAGACAGAACAGGUACUUCUCAGCGAUGGAGAAAUAACUUUUCUUGCCAACCACACCCUAAAUGGAGAAAUCCUUCGAAAUGCAGAGAGUGGGGCUAUCGAUGUAAAGUUUUUUGUCUUGUCUGAAAAGGGAGUGAUCAUUGUUUCAUUAAUCUUCGAUGGAAACUGGAAUGGGGAUCGGAGCACCUAUGGACUAUCGAUUAUACUUCCACAGACAGAACUUAGCUUCUACCUCCCGCUUCACAGAGUGUGUGUCGAUAGAUUAACACACAUUAUCCGGAAAGGAAGGAUAUGGAUGCAUAAGGAAAGGCAAGAGAAUGUCCAGAAGAUAGUGCUAGAAGGCACAGAGAGAAUGGAAGAUCAGGGUCAGAGUAUUAUUCCAAUGCUCACUGGAGAAGUAAUUCCUGUAAUGGAACUGCUUUCAUCUAUGAAAUCACACAGUGUUCCUGAAGAAAUAGAUAUUGCUGAAACAGUUCUCAACGAUGAUGACAUUGGUGAUAGUUGUCAUGAAGGCUUUCUUCUCAAUGCCAUUAGCUCACACCUGCAAACCUGUGGCUGUUCUGUUGUAGUAGGUAGCAGUGCAGAGAAAGUAAAUAAGAUAGUAAAAACAUUAUGCCUUUUUCUGACUCCAGCAGAGAGAAAAUGCUCUAGAUUAUGUGAAGCAGAAUCAUCAUUUAAAUAUGAGUCAGGACUCUUUGUCCAAGGCCUGCUAAAGGAUUCCACUGGAAGCUUUGUGCUACCCUUCCGGCAAGUCAUGUAUGCUCCCUACCCCAGCACUCACAUAGACGUGGAUGUCAACACCGUCAAGCAGAUGCCGCCCUGUCACGAGCACAUCUACAAUCAGCGCAGGUACAUGCGCUCAGAGCUGACGGCAUUCUGGAGAGCCACUUCAGAGGAGGACAUGGCUCAGGAUACGGUCAUCUACACCGACGAAAGCUUCACUCCCGAUUUGAAUAUUUUUCAAGAUGUCCUACAUAGAGACACGCUAGUAAAAGCCUUCCUGGAUCAGGUCUUUCAUUUGAAGCCUGGUUUAUCUCUCAGGAGUACUUUCCUUGCACAGUUUCUGCUCAUCCUUCACAGAAAAGCUUUGACGCUAAUAAAAUAUAUAGAAGAUGAUACGCAGAAGGGGAAAAAGCCCUUUAAAUCUCUUCGGAACCUGAAGAUAGACCUUGAUUUAACAGCAGAGGGCGAUCUUAACAUAAUAAUGGCUCUAGCUGAGAAAAUUAAACCAGGCCUGCACUCCUUUAUCUUUGGAAGAUCUUUCUAUACUAGUGUACAAGAACGAGACGUUCUAAUGACUUUUUAACUGUGUAACUUACUAAAUAUAUUUCAUCACAAUCAUAAUUGCUGCUAAAGUAGCUGUUGGUAUGGGACACAUCAGUCCCUGGGGUCAUACUUCAAAGUCCUACUUGGCAAUGGCAGUUAAACUUAGUUACACUACAGUUGUCACCAGAAGUCUGCGAAGGGUGUCAGGUGCAUCGUUAGCAGUGGAUGGAUCUUUUCCUAGUUGUGCUCUCUUGGGAUACAGACUUAUGUUUACAAUUAUAAUAAAUAUUAUUGCUACCUUUAAAAAAGAUAUAAUAAUAGAAUAUAAACUUGACCACAACUACUGUUUUUUGAAACUUAGGAUUCAUGGUUUACAUGUAUCGAAGUGAAAUCUGAGUUAGCUUCCAAAGAUGGAGUACUAGUUGACUUUGCACUUUUUGGUGUUUCUUGGUAUAUGGGAUUACUAAUACUGUUGCAAUCAGCUGAAAACUAGAGCUUCUGAAUCAUUUCAGUUCCAUAGACAGGAAGUUAACUUGAACCUAGGGUAAGCUUGAGAAAGAAAACAUUGUUCAAGCAGAUGUUUAAUUAAAGUUAAUUAUUAGAUCCUACUUAGUAGAUGUAGUCAUUCAGAGUCAGUCUGUGUAGAAAUGUCAGGCAGUGUGUAGAGUCCGGUUGUGAUGAACACAAUCAGGGUGGUUUUGUUUUGUUGCUAAGCUCUGUCAAAGAAAAUAUAGGAAAUUGGAUUUUAUGUUGUAGUAGUUGUUGCCAACUUUUUAAAUUAAUGUUCAUUAUUUUUGAGCCAAGUGGAAAUGUGUACUCCUGUGCCCUUUUUUUCCUUGGAGACUGUAAUUACUUGGAAGAAGUUUGGAUUUCACUGGUCAGUCAUUGUCAUCUUGUUUUCUUCUUGUAAAGUCUCACCCUGAUGGCAAUCAUUGUAAUUCCGAAACUAUGAAAUGCAAUAGAGAAUAUACCAAUAGCUAUUUUCAGGAAUAGAGGAUAGUACCUUGUCUUCUUACAUUUCUGCACAUAUUUUUUAAGUUGUUGCCGUGUGUCUUUGCCUGCAUCGUCUGAGGAGUAGCAGGAGACACUUGACUGACAUGCUAUUUAACUAGGUGCUACUUUGGCAGAACUGAGUGGUCUAUUUCUUGUGUUUUCUUAAUGUGUUUGGACCAUUUUGCUGGCUAAAAAAUAACUGAUUAACGUAAUUCUGUGCUAGAACAGUGUUGACAUAGUAGUAGUAUAUGCAAACAUAAAAAAUUAUUUAAAACUGUGAAAGUAACACAAAAGGGAAAAAUAUUUAUAAGAAAGGGAUAAAAGAGAUAGAGCCCCUCUGCCCUGGCCCAAAUUUAACCAAAAACAUAUUCUGUUUUGAAAAGUCCUAAUGGCCUUUUACAUCACUAGUAAGAAGUAUUUUAUACACACAGAACUAGAUGACUGAUGCUGUCAUGAAAAAAAGUACACAUACCACCCUGUUGUACCCUGUACUCACUGUUUUUUACAUGAUAAAUUAUUGAAGUGCUGACUGGUUUUCUGUUUUUUGCUGGUUUAUUGUAUUGUUAUUUAGAAUGCAAGUUGUACAGUGAAAUAAGUUAUUAAAGCAUGUGUAAACAUUGCUACACAUAUUUUCUCUUAGAAGGAGAAUUUUGAAUAAAAUAUAUUUGAAA